UGCGGGGCGGCGGAGGGGAGCGGCGGGAGGCGGGGACGGAGGAGGCGGCGGCGGCGCCGGGGGCCCGCGGCGGAGCGGGGACCCCCCCCCCACGCGGCGGGACGAGCCCGGCACCCCCUAGACAACCCCCCUGCCCCCCGCCCGGCCGCCCCCGCCUUUCCCCGGGGACGCGGCGGCGCUGCGGGGCCCCUAUAGGCCCCUAUAGACGCGCUCGGGCGCCGUUACCGGCCGUUUUUCGCCCUUUUUGAAAUAAUUUUUCUCUAAAAAGCCAAAAAAAAAAAAAAACCCCAAACCCGGCGGUUUUUUAAGGAGCUUCGGCGGAGCCGCGAGAGAGGAAGGAGGCGGCGGCGGCGGGGGGGGGGGAGGGGGUCCCGGCGCCUAUAGGGGAGCCCGCGGGGGCCCCGCGCAGACCCCUAUGGAGCCCGUGGGGGCCCCCCGGCCCCGUUGCGCCGCGAGCCCCCACGGGCCCCCCGGCUGCCGCCGGCCCCGCGCCCCCUGCCAGGCCCCAGGGGGGCCCCGCUGCUUCCCCGCGGCCCCUAUAGGGCCUCCCCCGGUAUAGCCCCGCCCCUAUAGGCCCCCUAUAGAGUAGCAGUGUGUUGGGGGGGGGGGGCUGAUUUUUAGCGUUUUUUUUUAAUUUUUAGCGCUUUAAUAGUCGCGUUUUAGGUGCUCGAUUCGUUCCUGGUCUUCGGUGCUAUAGGCGCUCGCUGCCCCCCUCCCGCCGGCCCCUCUCGGGACCCUAUAGGGCCCUGCGAGGCCCCCCCGGGUGCCCGCCGGCCGCCGGGGCUGGCGUUGGGGGGAGGCUGGAGCCCCCCCGGGGCCGGGCCCCCGCGUAGGGGGGGGGCCGCGGGGGGGGCCGCGCCGCCGCCGCCCCCCGGAGCUGGAGCCGCCGGGGCCGAGGCGCCGCCGAGAGCCGGAGGCGACGGGCGGGGCGCCCGGACGCCUGGGCCCCCGCCGCCAUGCCCUCCAACGCCCGGGCCGGCAGCCUCAAGGACCCCGAGGUGGCCGAGCUCUUCUUCAAGGACGACCCCGAGAAGCUCUUCGUGGACCUGCGCGAGAUCGGCCACGGCAGCUUCGGCGCCGUCUACUUCGCCCGCGACAUGCGCAACAACGAGGUGGUGGCCAUCAAGAAGAUGUCCUACAGCGGCAAGCAAUCCAACGAGAAGUGGCAGGACAUCAUCAAGGAGGUGAAGUUCCUGCAGAGGCUGCGGCACCCCAACACCAUCGAGUACAAGGGCUGCUACCUGCGGGAGCACACGGCCUGGCUGGCCAUGGAGUACUGCCUGGGCUCGGCCUCUGACCUGCUGGAGGUGCACAAGAAGCCGCUGCAGGAGGUGGAGAUCGCGGCCAUCACCCACGGGGCGCUGCAGGGCCUCGCCUACCUCCACUCCCACAACAUGAUCCACAGGGACGUCAAGGCCGGCAACAUCCUGCUGACGGAGCCGGGGCAGGUGAAACUGGGCGACUUCGGCUCGGCCUCCAUCGUGGCGCCGGCCAACUCCUUCGUGGGGACGCCGUACUGGAUGGCGCCGGAGGUGAUCCUGGCCAUGGACGAGGGGCAGUACGACGGCAAGGCGGACGUCUGGUCGCUGGGCAUCACCUGCAUCGAGCUGGCCGAGAGGAAGCCGCCGCUCUUCAACAUGAACGCGAUGAGUGCCUUAUACCACAUAGCGCAGAACGAGUCGCCCGUGCUGCAGGCCAGCCACUGGUCGGAGUAUUUCCGUAACUUCGUGGACUCGUGCCUCCAGAAGAUCCCGCAGGACCGGCCCACCUCGGACGUGCUCCUCAAGCACCGCUUCCUGCUCCGCGAGCGGCCCCAGACGGUGGUGCUGGACCUCAUCCAACGCACCAAGGACGCCGUGCGCGAGCUGGACAACCUGCAGUACCGCAAGAUGAAGAAGAUCCUCUUCCAGGAGGCGCAGAACGGCCCCGGCGCCGACCCCGCCGAGGAGGAGGAGGAGGUGGAGCCCUUCCUGCACCGCACGGGCACGGUGAACAGCAUGGAGAGCAGCCACUCGGUGCCCAGCAUGUCCAUCAGCGCCUCCAGCCAGAGCAGCAGCGUCAACAGCUUGGCCGACGCCUCCGACGAGGACGAGGGCGCCGAGAUCGCCAUGAUGCAGGAGGGCGAGCACACCGUCACCUCCAACAGCUCCGUCAUCCACCGCCUGCCGGGCCACGACAACCUCUACGACGACCCUUACCAGCCCGAGGUGGAAGCCCAGAGCUCGGCGGUGGCCGCCCGGCGCCGGGCCUACUGCCGCAACCGGGAGCACUUCGCCACCAUCCGCACGGCCUCGCUGGUGACGCGGCAGAUCCAGGAGCACGAGCAGGACUCGGCGCUGCGCGAGCAGAUGAGCGGCUACAAGCGCAUGCGGCGCCAGCACCAGAAGCAGCUCAUGGCGCUGGAGAACAAGCUGAAGGCCGAGCUGGACGAGCACCAGCUGCGCCUCGACAAGGAGCUUGAGGCCCACCGCAGCAACUUCAGCGCCGAGGCCGAGAAGCUGGCCAAGAAGCACCAGGCCAUCUUUGAGAAGGAGGCCAAGAUGGCCCUGGCCGAGGAGAAGAAGUUCCAGCAGCACAUCCUGGGCCAGCAGAAGAAGGAGCUGGGCAACCUGCUGGAGGCCCAGAAGCGCCAGUACAAGCUGCGCAAGGAGCAGCUCAAGGAGGAGCUGCAGGAGAACCCCAGCACGCCCAAGCGGGAGAAGCAGGAGUGGCUGCUGCGGCAGAAGGAGACGCUGCAGCAGCUGCAGGCCGAGGAGGAGGCCGCCCUGCUCUGCCGCCAGCGCCAGUACUUCGAGCUCCAGUGCCGCCAGUACAAGCGCAAGAUGCUGCUGGCCCGCCACAACCUCGACCAGGACCUGCUGCGCGAGGAGCUGAACAAGAAGCAGACGCAGAAGGACCUGGAGUGCGCGAUGCUGCUGCGGCAGCACGAGUCCACGCAGGAGCUGGAGGGCCGGCAGCUGGCGGCGGUGCAGCGCACGCGCGCCGACCUCACCCGCCUGCAGCACCACACCGAGCUCUGCAACCAGCGCGAGUACAACAAGCGCCGCGAGCAGGAGCUGCGCCAGAAACACGCCGCCGAGGUCCGCCAGCAACCCAAGAGCCUCCGAUCCAAGGAGCUGCAGAUCAAGAAGCAGUUCCAGGACACGUGCAAGAUCCAGACGCGGCAGUACAAGGCCCUGCGCGCCCACCUGCUCGAGAGCACGGCCAAGAGCGAGCACAAGGCCCUCCUGAAGCGCCUCAAGGACGAGCAGACCCGCAAGCUGGCCGCCCUCGCCGAGCAGUACGACCACAGCAUCAACGAGAUGCUCUCCACCCAGGCCCUGCGGUUGGACGAGACGCAGGAGGCCGAGUACCAGGUGCUGCGGCUGCAGCUGCAGCAGGAGCUGGAGCUGCUCAACGCCUACCAGAGCAAGAUCAAGAUGCACACGGAGGCCCAGCACGAGCGCGAGGUCAAGGAGCUCGAGCAGCGCGUCUCCAUCCGCCGCGCCCUGCUCGAGCAGCGGAUCGAGGAGGAGAUGCUGGCGCUGCAGACGGAGCGCUCGGAGCGCAUCCGGGGCCUGCUGGAGCGGCAGGCGCGCGAGAUCGAGGCCUUCGACUCGGAGAGCAUGCGCCUGGGCUUCAGCAACAUGGCGCUGGGCGCCGCGGCGGCCGAGGCGCCGAGCCAGGCGCGCGGCGCCCCGCCGGGCCCGGCCUGGCCCUCGCGGCCCGUCCCGCGCAGCGGCUCCCACUGGAGCCACGGCCCGCUCGCCGCCGCCGCCGCCGCCCCGCCGGCCUGGCGCCAGCCGCCCCCCCCCUCCGCCCCCCAUUCGAUGGGGCACCCUCGAGACUGCUCCACCAGUGGCGAGUUGGAGCGGGUGCCCUCGAAACCACCCAUGCGGGUUUGCAGCGGGCGCCCUUGA